AUGGACCCUGAAACUCCUGAGAAGUCUACUUCUGCUUGGACCGAUGAGGCCAAGCUAACGGAGGUGACGCCUUCACAGUUCCAAUUUCUCCUGCGAGUCGUCGCGCAGCUCAAGGAAGAUGGUCGCUCCAUCAAAUGGGAGAAGAUCAACCUCCCUGGAAGAACCCCCAAGUCCCUGAUGCACAUGUGGGCCAAGAUCAACAAGCAGAUUGCGGAAUUUGAGACUGCAGAGAGAGAUGGCGAACCAACGCCGGUGAAGACGCCGCGAAAGAGGGGUCCGCAGCUAGCAAAGAAGAAGACUCCCAAGGCUAUAGGCUUGGACAACGGUGCCGUCGACGACGAGUUUGACAUCAAGAAGGAACUUUUGAAGAAGCGUGGUGCCGAAAAGCUCGGUGACGAAGAACCAACUGCGGCCACCAAGCGAGCCAAGGUCAAACCUGAGGCGAACGACGACGUCCGCGUUAAGAAGGAGAGUGCCAUACAGGGCUGA